AUGGAUGCUAGCAAAGACACGUGUGUGAUAAUGGUAUAUCGUACUGACAGUACACAGAUUACAGUCUACAAUGACACCUCAGCAAAACCAGUAGAACUCGGCGAGUACAUAGCAACCACACCCAGUGGUGAUGCCAUACUACUCGCUAUGAAUGAAGACCAAAAAAAGAGGAUCAGGCAGCAAUAUGUCUACCUGGUCAACAACCUGACAGACCCGAGGAAUACAGGGCUGGUUGAACACCUGUACCAAGAUGGCGUGAUUGAGGAGAGGGAUCGCCAGAUUGUGGAGAGUAAACCAGCGACAAAAGACGCCAUAAAACAUCUGCUAGAUGCCGUGAUGAACUCACAACAAAAUGGUGCAUUUGAUUGCUUCCUCAAACUUUUAAACGAAUAUGGACAAGACUACCUGGUGAAUGUUUUAAAACAAAGUGCAAGUUCUGAUGAAAUAGGGUUGUGUGACGUGUGUCCAGAAGACAGUAAAUCCCCUGCUAUCUCCGUCUGUGUGGACUGCAACGAACGCAUGUGUUCUGCGUGUGCUGGCUAUCAUAGGAGGACAAGGGUCUCAAAGGAGCACACACUGAAAGACUUGACACCUGUCCUCACAGACAAAUGUCAGGUACACCCAUCACUUUAUCUUAAAUAUUACUGUCCCCAAUGUGACGCCCUGAUCUGCGAGCAAUGCAAGGUGGAUACACACAAAGGACACGCAGACGCUUGGAAAGACGCUAUAACAGCGGCCGAGGAUUUAAAAUUGAAAGUGAACGAAAUUAUUGAUGAUAUCAAAAAUAUCACUCUCAACAAAUCUUUGAUAGAAAAAGAAGAACAGAAACAGCUAGCCGACUUGGACAAGCAAAGACAACGAGUUAAACAAGCUGUUGAGACACGAGAAGACGAACUUUACAAGCUGGUGAAAGGCUGUGCUGAAAAAGUCAAGGAAGAUGUGGACAAAGCAUAUUUCGACAUAAAACUUCAGUUGCAGACCGCCAAUAAAAUAGCAUCUCUCGAAAAACAACUCAAAGCUUACGAGAGUAUGGUGAACGACGCUUCUAUCUCUAGUUUAGUUAAACAUCACUUGGAAUGGGAGACAUCGCUGAAGGAAAUAAUGGAGACACAUUCCCCCACCUGUCCUGUGCCCACGCUAAGAUUUCAAACCACCACUUGGGCAGAAACAGCCAUACAGAAGGCAAUGGGUGAGGUUGUUACAGGCGACAUCACGCCGACUUUGAUCACACAACAUCAACUUCAGUGUUCAAAGGAUCCAGAAGAGUUCCCCAUAGUUCUGGACAGCAUGCCUGGUGGUGAUGUCGUGGUGGCGACGGGGUGUGCAGCUGAUACAACCAAGCAUCGUAUCAUCAUAUGUUCCUCCACAGGGGUCAUCAAGAACGAGAUCAAUGUUACGGGGCUGUACGGACUGACAGGACUACGUGACGGUACAAUAGCAGCCAGUGUUAUUGACGGCAGCACACAGGAAGUGAGGAUAUAUACUACAGACGGUGCUGUCAAGUCAUUGUUCAAGUGCAGCAAACCCGGUCGUAUUACAGUGAAUCACGAAGGUAAUUUGGUCGUGAUGGAUGCUAACUCAGACACAUGUGAUAAGGUAAUGUUAUACCGUACUGAUGGUACACAGAUAAGAGUAUUCACUGACACCUCUGCGAAACCAGUAAAACGCACCAAGUAUAUAACAACCACACCCAGUGGUGACGUCAUAGUGUCAGAUCCCAAUGACUGCUGUAUACGUGUCUACACACCUGAAGGUCAGCUACAGUACACGUACGGUGGGGAGGGCGUCAUGAAGAGUUCGGAUGGUGUCUGUGUGGAUGAAAAUGGAACCAUUUUUAUCUCCGACUUUCUUGCUAACAACAUCCACCAGGUGUCUCAUGCUGGACAGUUCAUGCGAGAUGUGCUGACAGACAAGGAUGGACUGUGGGGACCCCUGGACGUGUGUAUAAGCCAGGAAGGUCACCUCGUGGUAGCGCAAGUGGACGGAUGGAUGAAGACAUACAAGAAUAAGUAG